CGAGAGCUCACAACCACCCACCGCGCAUCACCCCUCUCUACCUGGCCAGGCUCCAGUUCCACCACCGCACUCCGUCCGUCCGUACCAUGGCCGACCGCGUCCACCCGGCGCCUCCGCCUCUGCCGCUCUCCUCCACGCCGCCGCAGCACCCUCCGACGACGGAGACGACGCCUCUGCAGCAGCACCCGUCCUUCGCCCGCCCGCCGCCGCCGCCGCCGGGGACGUACAUCGUGCAGGUGCCCAAGGACCAGGUGCUGCGCGUGCCGCCGCCGGACCGCGCGCGCCGGUACAAGAAGCUCGCGGCGCGCCCCGCGCGGCGCCGCGCGCUCCGCCGCGCCUGCUGCUGCGCCUGCGCCGCCGCGAUCCUGGCCGUGCUCGUCGCCGCCGCCUUCGCCGGCGCCGUCUACCUCGCCUACCGCCCGCGCGCGCCGACCUUCUCCGUCACUUCCCUUUCCAUCCGCGGCCUCGACGCCGCCUCCCUCUUGCGCUCCUCCUCCUCCUCCUCAGAGACGCUCUCGCCUCGGCUCGACGCCGCCGUGCGCGCGGACAACGGGCGCAACGCGAAGGUGGGCGUGGAGUACCGCGGCAGCGGGUCCGUCGCCGUGUCCUACUCCGGCGCAAGGCUCGCCGCGGGGCCGUGGCCCGCGUUCCGCCAGCCGCCGAGGAACGUGACGGCGUUCGCGGUCGCCAUGAGCGGGCGCGGCGUGCGGCUCACGGAGGACCAGGCGACGCGGAUCGCCGCCGAGCAGGCCGCCGGCGCCGUGCCGCUGCAGGUGGAGACCACGGUGCCCGUGCGGCUGCGCUUCGGCUCGGUGCUGCGGACAUGGACCGUCCCCGUCAGGGCGCGCUGCGACGUGUCCGUCGACAGGCUCGACGGCGACGCCGUCGUUGUAAACCGCGGGUGCAGGGUCAGGGUCAGGCCGCUCUGGUGGUGGUGGUGAUUUCAGUGGUGGCCGCCGCCGCGACGCCGCUCCGCUCGCCGGCUGUCGUGUCCUGUGUCCACUGUCCACACGGGCGUUUGGCCGUUGCCUGAACCCGUUCGAACGGCUAGUGAUCAGUUACUGCUCCUGCUGCACUUAGUGGCAGCAACGGUGCUUUGACCACGCUUACUUGUUUACUGCUUACUGCUAGUAUUUACCAGUAAUGUGGUACUUGCUUGUGAAGAAUUAUUUUUUGGGUGUAUUUAAUUUGGAUUUCACAUGUCUUAUGUUGUAUACAAAUGAGGACCAAUAGCACGGUUGUUAUUACUGGUUGUUGCUUU